CCGGCCCGGCCCGCAGCCCUUCCCUGAGCGCGGGGCGCGCGGGCACCGGCAGCGCCCCCGGCCCCGCCCGCCCCGCCCCCCCCCCGGGCUGCCGCCGGGCCCCGCGCGCUGACCGGCUGAGGAGAGAGCGGGGAGCUGCGUCAGAGCGCUGGAGGUGACGCCACGGGGAUUUGUCAAGAUUGAGUGGGGAGCAAAGUCACCAUGAAGAACCAAGGCGGGGAGACCAAGGCUGCCCCACGGGCUGGUGGCUCCUCCAAACCAAGCAGUGGGCUGGGGCUGGAGGAGGGAGACUCACCAGAAGCUGCAGCACCCCUGGAAGCCCCCCUGGCACCCGAGGACACCAAGUCCUCCCGGCCCGUGCGCGACGUCUCGGAGGAGCUCAGCAGGCAGCUGGAGGACAUCCUGAACACCUACUGUGUGGAUGCCAGCCAGGAGGCCCCGGGGGAGGACGGAGGGCAGGGGGAGCCCGAGGAGCCUGAGAAGGGAGGCAGUGAAUCCCCCAGGAACGGGGAGCAGGAACCGGGAGGCCCCGAGAUGAAUGGGGAGAAGGAGAACACCAAGGGGACUGAGGAGUGUGGGGAGCGGGACCAGAAGAAGGUUCAGGAGAAGAAGAAAGCCAAGGGCCUGGGCAAAGAAAUCACUUUGCUGAUGCAGACCCUGAACACCCUGAGCACGCCAGAGGAGAAACUAGCAGCGCUGUGCAAGAAAUAUGCUGAGCUGUUGGAAGAGCACCGGAACUCCCAGAAACAGAUGAAGAUCUUGCAGAAGAAGCAGACACAGCUGGUGCAGGAGAAGGACCACCUGCAGAGUGAGCACAGCAAGGCCAUCCUGGCCCGCAGCAAGCUGGAGAGCCUGUGCCGCGAGCUCCAGAGGCACAACCGCACCCUCAAGGAGGAGGGCGUCCAGCGCGCGCGGGAGGAGGAGGAGAAGCGGAAGGAGGUGACAUCCCACUUCCAGGUGACACUGAAUGACAUCCAGCUCCAGAUGGAGCAGCACAACGAGAGGAACUCCAAGCUGCGCCAGGAGAACAUGGAGCUGGCAGAGAGGCUGAAGAAGCUGAUCGAGCAGUACGAGCUGCGGGAGGAGCACAUCGACAAGGUGUUCAAACACAAGGACCUGCAGCAGCAGCUGGUGGAUGCCAAGCUCCAGCAGGCACAGGAGAUGCUGAAGGAGGCAGAGGAGAGACACCAGCGGGAGAAGGACUUUCUGCUGAAGGAAGCUGUGGAAUCACAGAGGAUGUGUGAGCUGAUGAAGCAGCAGGAGACCCAUCUCAAGCAGCAGCUGGCUCUCUACACAGAGAAGUUUGAAGAAUUCCAGAACACCCUUUCCAAAAGCAGUGAAGUGUUCACAACAUUUAAGCAGGAGAUGGAGAAGAUGACUAAGAAGAUCAAGAAGCUGGAGAAGGAGACCACGAUGUACCGCUCUCGCUGGGAGAGCAGCAACAAAGCUCUCCUGGAGAUGGCUGAAGAGAAGACCCUUCGGGACAAGGAGCUGGAGGGGCUGCAGGUGAAGAUCCAGCGGCUGGAGAAGCUGUGCCGAGCGCUGCAGACGGAGCGGAACGACCUCAACAAGAAGGUGCAGGAUCUGUGUGCCCACCCGCCCCGCGCCGACACCCACCCCAGGGACCCGGCCCGGGAGGGCUCGGAGGCACAGGGAGCUGCUCCAGCUGAGGAUUUCCUGCACCUGGGAAAGCCAAGGCCCAGCACGGAUCCUGCAGAGAGCCUGGGAGAACUGAGCAUAGGAGCCUUGGGGCAGAGCGGGACUGAGGAGGGCUCGGGGGGCACAGACUGAGCCCCCAGCACAGGCAGAGGUGGGCGAGGGAGGAUGUUUCUGUAGACUCCAUCUGAUGCUCCUCUCCUGGUCCUUGGAUGGGCACCAGAGGACAGCCCUCCUGGGGAUCAAGAGAUUUCCUGGCUUAGGUUUUUCGGAGCGUUUUUUUAAAUUUUAUAUAUAUAUAUAUAUAUAUAAUGAUAUAUAUAUGAUAUAUAAAAUGUGCAGGGCAACACUUUAUAUAUGGAUAUACAUGGAUGACCCACCUCCCUGCGUGUGCGUGAAUAACUAAUAUAUGGAGAUUCCACCCAUGGCCCCUGGCACUCAAAGACCUUGUCCCUGGCAGGCUCCCCACAUCCCAGCUCGGGCAGCGGGCGCUGGAUCCGCCCGGGCACUGGGACAGCUGGAUGUGUCACCUCCACCACCAGUGAGAGCAAAGGAGCAGAGCGGGGGGAUCUGGGGGGAUCUGAAGAGUUUCCCAACUGGAUUCUCCCUCCCUCUUCUGCCUCGGGCAGGAGGGAACUCCAGGACUUGCUGUUGUGUUCCAUGCCCUGGCUGGCGGCUCCAACCAGGGCCACAGAGAGGCCUGUCCCCUCCUCUGUGGGUUUUGUGUUUUGAGCAGGGACAAAAAAGCAGCAGAGGAACAAGGGGGAGUGGGGGGGGCUCCUGGUUCCCCCCCGAGCUCCCCUGGGACCUCUGCUCUUUCCAGAACCUGCUGGUGUCUCAGUAGCCUUAUGAUUCACAGUUGCCUCUUUGCUAUACGCACAUGUGCACAAGUGUAUUAAACAGUUAAUCCAAAGGUUGAA